UACAUUCAGCUCAAUAAUUCAUUAAAAAGACUUCAUCAGAAAAAAAAAUCAUUAAACAGCCUGCGUACAAAAAGGUUGGGUGAGCUAUCUCACUCAGCCAGUGUCAGCCUCACUGAACAGGUCCAGCAGUCUCCAGAGUCCAGACUGCAUCCAGGAUCCAGCAGCAACAGCACAUGACCAAAAUCCUUGAGAAUCUCUUGGCUCUAUAUAUCUGAUUUCUGAGACUAAUUGAUCGAUCAUGAAAAAAGAAGCACAUGCGUGUUGAUUUAGCAUAGCCAUCGCGAGAGAGAUAGGGAAGGAAGACGAUGGCCGGCGGUGGUGAAGCGCCGUUGCUGGAAGGGAAGCCCAGGGUGUACUUCGACGGCUGCCCCGGGUGUGCCAAUGACCGGAGGAAGGCGGAGAACCUGGGAAUUCCCUACGGCCAAUUCUUCCAUAUCUGGAUCAUCAUCCUCGUCUCCUGUUUGCCAAUAUCAUUGUUGUUUCCCUUCAUAUAUUUCAUGAUAAGAGACUUGCAUAUUGCUGAAAGGGUAGAGGGUAUUGGAUUCUAUGCCGGUUUUGUAGGUGCUUCAUAUAUGCUUGGUAGAGCUCUAACUUCCACCGCUUGGGGAAUGAUAGCAGAUCGUAUUGGGAGGAAGCCCGUUAUCAUUCUUUCAAUUAUCUCCACGCUUUUGUUCAACACUUUGUUCGGAUUGAGUGUAAAUUAUUGGAUGGCGAUAGCAACAAGAUUCCUUCUUGGUUCUUUAAAUGGUUUACUUGGCCCAAUAAGAGCUUAUGCUGUUGAAGUAUGCCGAACUGAGCAUCAAGCUAUUGGACUGACACUUGUUAGCACAUCAUGGGCAAUAGGUCUUAUUAUUGGGCCAGCUAUUGGUGGAUACCUCGCACAGCCAGUUGAAAAAUAUCCAAAGUUAUUUCCAGCCAAUUCAAUAUUUGGGAGGUUCCCAUAUUUUUUACCAUGUUUGUGUGUAUCAUUCUUCUGUUUGGUUAUCCUCAUAAGCUGUAUUUGGCUCCCGGAGACAUUGCAUAAGCAUAAACUUCACAAAACUGAAGAUCAAGGAAUCGAAGAUUUUGCUGAGCAACAAAAUAGUUCAACUACAAAUAAGAGCUUGCUUAAGAAUUGGCCAUUGAUGUCAUCAAUUAUCUUAUUUUGUGUCACCUCUUUUGAUGAUAUGGCUUACACAGAGAUAUUUUCUCUAUGGGCCGAAAGCGACAAAAAGUAUGGAGGACUAGGUUUCUCAUCUGAGGAUGUCGGUCAAGUGCUUGCAGUUACAGGUGCUAGCAUCCUUUUGUACCAAACAUUUGUUUAUCCACGUAUUGUAAAAGUUCUUGGACCAGUCAAUGCUUCCCGUAUUGCAGCUAUUUUGUCUAUGGUGCUCCUUUUCACUUAUCCACCAAUGACACAUCUAUCAAAACCAUGGUUAUCAGUUGUAGUGAAUAUUGCAUCAAUGUUGAAAAACAAUUUAGUUGUUACCGUUGUAACAUGCUCUUUUAUUCUUCAGAAUAAUUCAGUGCCUCAAGAGCAAAGAGCAACUGCAAAUGGCUUAGCAACUACAUUAAUGUCCUUUUUCAAGGCAUUUGCCCCAGCAGGAGCUGGUAUUGUAUUUUCAUGGGCACAAAAACGCCAACAUGCUUUCCUCUUUCCAGGUGAUCAAAUGGUGUUCUUCCUUCUGGACAUUGUGAUCUUUGUUGAGCUCAUAUGGACAUUCAAGCCAUUUCUAGCCAUUCCGGAGCAAAUCCCCAGAAGUUAGCCUUCAUGCAUCAUCUCUACUGGUGUUUUAUUGUGGAUGGGUCAAUAUCAGAUAACAAUUGGGAUACCUAUUUCUUGUGCAAUGUGAUGGAAUUAUAUUGAUAUUUCCAAUGUAUAUAUACAUGGUGUUUGUAUAGCAAUCUAAGUAUUCCCAGUCAUGCUAAAUA